AUGAACGAUGACAAGAGAACAGAACUGCAGCAGCUGAAUCUCAUAGCUUGGGGUGGAGAAGAUGUCUUCCCACUCACAGAAAAGAAACUGGAUUCUAGUAUGAAGAAGAAUACCGGCUUCAUAAGAAAGCUAAGGCAAGGCAUCACGAAAGAUGUUAAGGCAAGUCUGCUAAAGGAUAUUGCGGAGCUUUCGUUGACCAAAUAUUUAUCAGAACUAGUGGUUACGGCCAACGAAGGGAUAGGCAAAGUCUCAAACAAGACGGAUGAUAUCAAUGCUUGUGUUGAAGUCAUCAGUGCGUUACAUCAGCGGUUUAGCCAUCAGUUCACACCAGCUUUGAUGGAACUCUUCUUACAGAACUUCACAGCCUGUCAGACAGAAGGUGAGAAUGACAAGGAAGAGAUUGCAAAAAUGAUGAAAAUUCGCUCAAACGUGAGAAUAUUCACCGAGUUUUACCUGGCCGGACUAUUCAACAAUGUGGAGUUUAUAUCCAAGGACAACUUACCGGCUUUCAUUGCUAAAAGACUAGCUAAGAAAGAACCUUUGAUUUUCACGAUUCUGAAAAAAGUUUUGAAUUACCGUUUCAAAACAGGCUUACCCACAUUGGUAGCUUCAUCUUUCGUGACCAAGUUCCCACAAUUUUUCUCAGAUGUCGCCGAUCAAGAAUCAUCACUUAUGGACCCCGACACCAAGAAGCUUCUAGUUUCGCUCCUCAGAGCAUUCACCGAAGCUUCCAUCUCUCAACUCAUUGAACUCAGCAAGACACUCAGCAAGUUAAUGAAGGAACACCAAAAAGCGCAAAUAAGAACCGGAAAAAGCACCGACGAGUUUAUUGAAGAGCAUGAUAGGAUCAUCCCUAUUUUUGAAAGAUUUCAGAGCGCAGUAGAAGUUCUUUCGGAAGUGUUUAGCAUGGAGGCACCUAAACUCGAGAAAUCGACUGAAGACGUUGCCAUUACCUCUAGUCCUGUGAUAGUUAACCAGCAAAAGUCGGCAUCGGAUAAGAUGUGGGAAAAUGAAGAGACAAGGCGGUUUUACGAGUGUCUCCCUGAUCUGUCAGGCGUUAUAACGUCCUCGGACGAAAAAAUCUCGGCUGAUUCUCAAAAGCUUAACGAUUUUUUCCUUGGCCUAGAGAUGGCAGAUACAAAGGAAGCAAUUGAUGAAUUAUCCUCGAGGUUUUGGACCGACGCACUUAAUAAAAAGGCGACGAGAAAGAGACUAUUGAAGUUUUUCAUCGAAACUCUGGAUUGGAGUAAGCUCAAAAUAUAUGCUCGUUUUGUUGCGUCUAAUUCCGAAAACUUGUCGGACGUUAGAGAUGAACUUAUUCAAUAUUUGGACAAUGGUUUCAGAAGUCAGCUAUGGUCUACUAAAAUCAACGUUAAAAAUAUCAUAUUUUUCAGUGAAAUGGUCAAGUUCAGGCUCGUUCCUUCUUACUUAAUCUUCCACAAGAUCAGAACCUUGACAAUGAAUAUCCAGAUACCGAACAAUAUCGAAAUUUUGACCGUUCUCUUUGAGAACUUCGGCAAGUUUCUCAUAAACAGUCCACAAUACAAAACACAGAUGGAGAAAAUGAUUGACUUAAUCCAGCAAAAGAGAAAAGAGCACGAUUUGACAGUAAGCAAUAAAUGUGCUCUAGACAACCUUUUAGUCUUGAUUUACCCACCAUCUUUGAAGAAACUCAACUCGGCGUCCAGAGAGCUGUCCGCGGAGCAAAAGUAUUAUCGUAUCCUACUGCGCAAGGAGCUCCAUUCGUUACCACCAGAGAGGUUAGUGAAGUUAAUACGGCGUGCUGACUGGAAGGACAAGAGUAUCUACAAAACGAUGGUGUCUUUAUUUUCUAAACCUGAAAAAUUAAGCUAUCAGUCGCUGGAUGUGCUUGCAACCGUACUCAAAGGCUUGUUCCCUCAUCAUCGGAAUUUUGUCGUCCAAGUCAUAGACGGUGUAGUGGAAGGCAUAGAGAGGGGACUGGAGAUAAACGACUUUUCAUUAAGCAUGGUAAGGAUUGCUCAAAUGAGGUACGUGUCGUCACUGUACAACAAUAGCCUUCUCAAGAUUGAGGUAGUCCUGGACAUUUUAUUCAAGGUCCUUUUAUUUGGCAGCACACGAGAAGGAAAUCUUCCGGUUUUCAAUAAUGAGUAUGACUUACCAAAUAGUUACUUCCGGAUCAAUUUGGUAACCACAACAUUGCUCAGUAUAAACGAGUUGUCCUCCAGUAAGCUGGAAAAGCUUUUUGUCUUUUUACGCUUUUUCGAAUUUUACACACUCAACAAGGAGCAACCGUUACCUAUGGACGUCGAAGUCAAAGUUUCCAGGGUUUUUGAUAGGUUCACAAGUAAUUCGCAGUUUGAAAGGUGCAAAAACGUGGCUGACAGUGGUAAAUACCUAUCGGAGUAUUUCGCAACGUUGCAAAAUAGCGAAGCAUACGGAAGGCAUGUUGACGAGGAUUUAGACGAUGACGAGGAUGACGAUGAUUAUGAAAUAUAUGAAGAUGAUGACGAUAAGGAAAUCGAGAGUGAGUACGAAAACGCUGAGAACAAUGAUAGCAUUUCCAAUGAAUCAAGUGACGAGACAGGCAGUAGCAGUGACGACUCAGAUGACGGCCAUCGCGCAGACGAAGACGACGAUGCCUCUGAUGAUGAACUGGAACGGAAACGUAUGCAAGAAGCUCAUAUAUCGAAGCUGAGGUCCGCAGAAGAGAUAAAGGCCGAGGAAGAACUCGAUAGACAAUUUCAGCAGUUAGUCCAAGAAUCUUUGGAAAGCCGUCGGAAUGAGAAAAUCUCGUCAAGUAAUAUCCCCAUGAUAUCCUCAGGCUAUAGCACGGGUGCAGAGACAGGAAAAAUACCUGCCCCUGCGACACUUAAUGAAAGCCAGGAUUCAAAAUCCAAAAAAGUGGCAUUUACGUUCCUUAGCAAGUCUGGAAAAAAAACCCAAGCUCGAACUUUGGAGCUUCCCAGAAAUGUCACGUUCGUUUCAGGAGUGCUGGAAGAGGAAAGGAAGCUGAAGGAAGAGCGAGAAAAGAUCAAAAACAUUGUCUUGAGCCAGAAAUUCGAGUAA